AUGUGGCGAGAGUGUGGCGAGAGUGUGGCGAGAAUGUGGCGAGAGUGUGGCGAGAGUGUGGCGAGAAUGUGGCGAGAGUGUGGUGAGAGUGUGGUGAGAGUGUGGCGAGAAUGUGGCGAGAGUGUGGCGAGAAUGUGGCGAGAGUAUGGUGAGAGUGUGGCGAGACCCACCGCCUUCUACUCCACCCACAGCCCACCGCCUUCUACUCCACCCACAGCCCACCGCCUUCUAAUCCACCCACAGCCCACCGCCCUCCACUCCACCCACAGCCCACCGCCUUCUAUCCACCCACAGCCCACCGCCCUCCACUCCACCCACAGCCCACCGCCUUCUACUCCACCCACAGCCCACCGCCUUCUACUCCACCCACAGCCCACCGCCUUCUACUCCACCCUCAGCCCACCACCUUCUACUCCACCCACAGCCCACCGCCUUCUACUCCACCCACAGCCCACCGCCCUCCACUCCACCCACAGCCCACCGGACUCUAUUCCACCCACAGCCCACCGCCCUCCACUCCACCCACAGCCCACCGCCCUCCACUCCACCCACAGCCCACCGCCCUCCACUCCACCCACAGCACACCGCCUCUACUCCACCCACAGCCCACCGCCCUCCACUCCACCCACAGCCCACCGCCUUCUACUCCACCCACAGCCCACCGCCCUCCACUCCACCCACAGCCCACCGCCUUCUACUCCACCCACAGCCCACCGCCUUCUACUUCACCCACAGCCCACCGCCUUCUACUCCACCCACAGCCCACCGCCGUCACUUCACCAACAGCCCACCGCCCUCCACUCCACCCACAGCCCACCGCCUUCCACUCCACCCACAGCCCACCGCCUUCCACUCCACCCACAGCCCACCGCCUUCCACUCCACCCACAGCCCACCGCCUUCCACUCCACCCACAGCCCACCGCCUUCUACUCCACCCACAGCCCACCGCCCUCCACUCCACCCACAGCCCACCGCCCUCCACUCCACCACAGCCCACCGCCUUCUACUCCACCCACAGCCCACCGCCUUCUACUCCACCCACAGCCCACCGCCCUCCACUCCACCCACAGCCCACCGCCCUCCACUCCACCCACAACCCACCACCUUCUACUCCUCCCACAGCCCACCGCCUUCUACUUCACCCACAGCCCACCGCCUUCUACUCCACCCACAGCCCACCGCCCUCCACUCCACCCACAGCCCACCGCCUUCUACUCCACCCACAGCCCACCACCUUCUACUCCACCCACAGCCCACCGCCUUCUACUCCACCCACAGCCCACCGCCUUCUACUUCACCCACAGCCCACCGCCUUCUACUCCACCCACAGCCCACCGCCUUCUACUCCACCCACAGCCCACCGCCUUCUACUCCACCCACAGCCCACCGCCUUCUACUCCACCCACAGCCCACCGCCCUCCACUCCGCGCCCACCGGGUGCUUGGGAAUUUCCUGCGCGUGACUCGUUGUGUUUGAUAUUAUUCGGAAUGAUCUCGAAGAUUCCCAUGCUCAUCGCCAGCUCUAAAUGGCAUGGGACCACUCUUCAAUUUCCUCUCAUUUCGCAGGAAGAAGUAUUCAGCCUUUUGAACGAAGAGCAGCUCGUUAAGCAUGCUCACGUAGCAAAUCGAUCUUUGUCAACCUUUGCUAUAAAAGAAAAAAUAAGCUUUUUGAACAAUAAACCUUAUGACCACCCACCACAACCAGCAGGUCACAAGCCCGGACACCAACCACAACACACCACACCCUCGCGGCCGACGGACUACCGCACCUACGACAGCUCUGACGAAGACGACGUGUGUGAUCCAAGCCCUUUAAUGAGACCUCGCGAAGCCUGCGACACUAGCCAGGGCCCGCAAACCGCAAUUCCCACGCCCGACAACGCACGCAAAAUUUACACAGAAAAUCUAGUUGACAUUAAGAAACCACUUGCCAUAUGUAUGAAGCUAGCUGCCGUAAGUAAGAAAACUGUUGCCAUAAUUAAAAAAUUGGUUGCCAUUAAGAAAUUGGUUGCUAUUAAGAAACUAGUUGCCAUAAUUAAGAGAUCUGUUGCCAUUAAGGAACUAGUUGCCAUAAUUAAGAAACUAGUACGGGACGUCCCUUCUUUUAAGCUGGAGCUGCGGUCCUUGCGCCACCUCCUGGGCCCCUAUUUUCGCGUCAUCCCCGGCUAG